AUGAAUGAAGUGGUGGUGAUUUCAAAGCUCCGACAUCCAAAUCUGGUUAGAUUAUUUGGGUGCUGUGUUGACGGUGAAGAGAAGAUGCUGGUCUUUGACUGCUCUGUUUUACUAUCUUUAAUAUCUUGCUUUUACUUGCUAUUUGCCACUGCUUUAGACACCAUAACACCAUCAAAAUCCAUCAAAGACCCUGAAUUUAUAAUCUCCCAGAAUGGUACUUUCCGAUUGGGAUUCUUCAGCUUGGCUAACUCCAGCAAUCGUUAUGUAGGGAUAUUGUACCAUCAAAUCCCCGUACAAACUGUUGUAUGGGUGGCAAAUAGAAACAGGCCUCUCAAAGACUCUUCUGGGAUUCUCAACAUAUCAGAUGAUGGCAACCUUGUUGUUUUGAAUGGCAAAACUGAGACUCUCUGGUCAUCAAAUGUUACCAAUACAGCUCCUAAUGUAACGACUGCCCACCUUUCAGACUUAGGAAACCUCGUCCUCAGUAAUGGUGACGAUGCAGGAAGCAGCUUAUGGGAGAGUUUUCAACACCCUUCUAAUGCCUUCAUUGAAAGUAUGGAGAUCAGCACUGAUGUUAAAAAGGGUCGAAAAGUGGAGAUCAAAUCAUGGAAAAGCCAUGAUGAUCCAUCUGAUGGUAACUUUUCUUUUGGUAUUGAACCGUUCAAUGUCCCAGAGUUUGUCAUUUGGAACAAUAACCAGCUCUAUUUUCGUAGUGGUCCAUGGAAUGGAAAUAUGUUUAUUGGCUUAAUACUUCCGACCGUCGCUUUCUCUUGGUUUUCUGUUGUUGCAGAUAAUCGACAACAAACGUUUUUUAUAGGUUAUGAAGAUUCUAAUCACUCUAUGUUGACAUACUGUGAAUUAGAUUCUCAAGGAAAAUUCAGUGAACGGAGAUGGGAUGCGGAGAAAGGGAACUGGAUAAAGAGUUACUCUAUUUAUCAUACAGAUUGUGAUGUUUAUGGGAAGUGUGGGGAAUUUGGGAUGUGCAAUUCAAAGAAACGACCCAUUUGCAGUUGCUUAAAGGGGUUUAAGCCUAGGAAUGCAGAGGAAUGGAGUAGAGGUAAUUGGAGUAGUGGGUGUUUUAGGACUACCCCUUUGCAGUGCCAAAGGGAUAACAACAAUGGGAGUGGAGCAGGCAAAGGUGAUGAUGGGUUUUUGGAGAUGAAGAUGAUGAAUGUGCCCGCAUUUCCAGACCGGUCAUCAAUAGUUAACGGCGAAUGCAAAGAUCAAUGCUUGAAGAAUUGUUCGUGCGUGGCUUAUGCGUAUGAUGCUGGCAUUGGUUGCAUGAUGUGGAGUGGAGAUUUGAUUGAUGUCAAGGAAUCCAGUCGCGGAGUCGAUCUUUACAUUCGUCUGCCAGCUUCGGAACUGGAUAAAGGGAAAAGUAGUAAGGUCAUUGUCAUUACAACAGUAAUUGCGGGCAUAGGAGUUAUCACAAUUUCUGCACUCUUCUUACGGUGUAGGAUGCUUAAACAUAAACGAAGAAAUAAAAAGAGAAAACACAUCAAAUUUUGUAGUGAAAAUAUAAGAGAAAAUUCAAUUGGAGUUAAACUCCAGCAGUUGCCACUAUUCAAUUUCGAAGAACUUGCCACCGCGACAAAUAACUUCAAUCACGCAAAAAUGCUAGGGCAGGGUGGUUUCGGUCCAGUUUACAGGGGAACAUUAGAUGAUGGAAAAGAAAUAGCAGUGAAGAGAUUGUCGAAAGCUUCGGGGCAAGGAUUGGAAGAAUUUAUGAAUGAAGUGGUGGUGAUCUCUAAGCUUCAACAUCGAAAUCUGGUAAGACUGCUUGGCUGUUGUGUUGAAGGAGAAGAGAAGAUGCUCGCCUACGAAUAUAUGCCCAACAAAAGUUUGGACGCUCUUCUCUUUGAUCCAGCUAAACAAGAUGUUUUGGAUUGGAGAAAACGAUUCAACAUUAUUGAAGGGAUUAGUCGAGGAUUGCUUUAUCUACAUAGAGAUUCAAGACUAAAGAUUAUACAUAGAGAUCUAAAAGCAAGUAAUAUUUUACUCGAUGAAGAAUUAAACCCAAAAAUUUCAGAUUUUGGGAUGGCUAGGAUUUUCGGAGGCAAUCAAAAUCAAGCUAACACUAAAAGGGUUGUUGGAACUUAUGGUUAUAUGUCUCCUGAGUAUGUAAUGCGAGGGCAAUUUUCAGAGAAAUCAGAUGUAUUCAGUUUUGGAGUUCUAUUGCUAGAGGUUGUUAGCGGAAGAAGAAACACAAGCUUUUGCAACGACCAGUAUGCACUUAGCCUCUUGGGAUAUGCAUGGAAAUUGUGGAGGGAAGGCGAUAUUUGUGGCAUUGUAGACAAAGUGAUUUUAGAGUCAGAAACAUAUUCAAAGAAUGGAAAUGAAAAAGAAAUAUGGAGAUGCAUACAUGAUGGUUUGGUAUGUGUUCAAGAAUUUGCUAAAGAUAGGCCCACUAUGCCUACAGUUAGGGGUGAGCAAAAUUCGAUUCGACUCGAAAAAAUCGAAAAAAAAUUUGAAUUUCGAGUUAAACGAAUCGAGUUAUUCGAGUUAAUCGAGUUAUUCGAAUCAACUCGAAUUUUUUUUUCGAAUUUCAAGUUCGAAUCGAGUUGAGUUUUCGAAUUCGAAUAACUCGAAUAAUUCGAAUAAUUCGAAUAUCAAACUAUAAUAUUUUAUAGUUUUACCCUAAACUCCCAAACUUUUUUACUUUUCCCUCAAAACUUUUACUCCUUCCCACUUUUCCCCCAAAACUUUUACUCCCCUCCCCUCCCAACCCCCCAAUCUACCCAAAAUCCAUUUCCCACCAAAAUUUUACUCUUCCAUUCAAUUUUUUUUUCAAAAUUUUACUCUCAAAAACCCUCAAAACUUUUUAUU